AUGUCCCAAAGACCCGCAUCUCGUAUAGAUCGUUUUGCUCAGAUGAGCAAACAAGAGGAGCUGAUUGCCAAAAAACGUCAAGAGAUUUUGGAAAAGCAACGAACCGCUGAAUUGGCGAAAAAGGUGGUGGCCCAACAAAUGGCCAAUAAAUUGAAAAAUGACAUUGAGGCGGAAAAGGAGGUGGACAAGAAAUCCUCCGAUGCUAGUGAGGAUGAAGUAAAGACCGAAACAUCAGCUUCAAUCACAACGGUGGCAUCUGCUGCCACCAAGCCGAGUGUUACCAGUAAAUUGACGGGUAAAAUGUAUGGUGGUGGUGGUCAGAAGCGUUCCUCAAUGGCCAUACCCAAUGCGGAGCAGCCACAACCUAAAAUACAAAAUAGUUUUUGUAAUGAUGGUUCAUUUUUGGAGAAUUUCAAAAAGAUUUUGGAAAAACAACAGCAGCAGCAACCCAAACCAUUUGUACCGGUAACUGAGGCCAACACAAAUGAAAGUGAAGGAAAUUUGUCCUCUUCCACAACAACAAAUCAAGCCACGGAACCAACUAGCUCUCUACCAGCACAUUUGCAACAACAACAGCAGCAGUUGCAGCAAACUCCAUCACUUCAAGCUCAACAACCACCACCACCCCAUCCCUCACAAAUGCCGCCCACAUCACAACCCAUGCAAUUUCAAUUUAAUCCUGCAUUAAUUGCUGCCCAAAAUCACCUACUGCUGCAAGAUCCCAACUCAUCACCCGUACCGCCCAUGCCAAUGCCACCACAUUCGGCUGCGGCCUAUUUCAAUGCUGCCGUUUCGGGUGCCCCACAAUUUGUACCGCCACCACCACCCUCUACCACAGUGGGUGCUGCAAUGUUAAUGCCAAUGCCUGGGGUAACUGUGGCCCCACCACCACCUCCUCCGCCACCACAAUUACCCCUCAGUUUGGCAUCAUUGACACCACUGUAUAUGAUACCAGCUCCAGAGCCACUACAAUUGAAUACAAUACCCCAGCCGAAGGAAUUUGAUUUGAAUGCCAUACCAAAGCCGCAAUUGAAUUUAGAAGCUAUACAAAUACCGGCAAAUAAUGGGGUCCAGGAUACGAAUAUAAAUUUAAGGGUAGAUGGGGAACAGGAGCCACAACAUGAGCAGCAAGAACAGCAGCAGCUGAAGCAACAAGUGCCACAGCAUGAAAAUGAACACAACAACAACAGCCAAUGCAAUUUCAACAUCAGCAGCAACCGUCGCACAUGCAGUUUCCAAUGCAACAAGAACCGCAACAACAACAGCAACAAGAUUUUCCACAAAAUACUCAAGUUUGUUAUUGUUAUUGUUUUAAUAUAUUACGUUGUAAGCUUAACGAAUAAGAUUUUAAGAGAAUUUUCAGUAGUUUUUUCAGACAAUAACAACCCGCUCGACAAUAACAAAUGCAUACAAUUACCAACAUCUAUAGAAAAUCUAAUCGAGUUGGUGGUCGAAAACGGUGAUGCAUAUGAAGAGACAUUACGUGGCUAUAAAAAUCAAUUGCAUCCAGCAUUGUGGUUCCUCAAUGACAAGUCCUGUGAACAGUAUCAUCACUAUCGCCAAGAAAUAAUCGAUCGUCGCCAGGAAAAACUUAAAGAACAACAACAAAAAGAAUAUGAAGAAAUGAAACAGGAGAAACUGUCCAAUGCAGGAGGGGCAGGUGCUGGCGGCAGCAGUGGUGGCGGUUAUACCAAACGUCGUCCAUUCUGUUCCAUGGAAGAAGAUAAAUACGAUCCGGAAUCGGUAAUAUCAGCUGAUAAUGAUUCCGAUGAUGAAUAUCGUCGUGGUAUGAUGGAUCGUAAUCGUGAUAAUAUAAAACGUCGCAUUGAAUGUCGCAAUGAAUUGAGUGAGGAGGAACGUCAGGAGCGCGAAGCCGAGGAGUUGGAAGAACAACGGCGGCUGGAAAAGAAAAAGCUGCGUAAAAGUCGUUGGGGUGGAAAAGUUGAAGCGGCCGAUGUUGCCAGUUCGUCGUCGUCAAGUGUUCCGACAAGUUUCGGCAAUCAAAAUAAACCGCUACUUUCCACUAUAACACGCAGUGAUCCUGCCCUACUGCAAUAUGCCAAAUUGAAUUAUGGUUCGACCAAUCUCAGCGAAGAAGACUGGAUAAAAUGUGAGGAACACUAUAAGGUGAAUCUACUCUAUCAGGAUAUGAUGCGGAAGCGACAGGAAAUUGAUCGCUUGGCCAAAAGUGGUAAAUUCAAAUAUGAAUAUGAUUCGGAUGAAGACACGGAGGGUGGUACAUGGGAGCAUAAGCUGCGUCAAGCUGAAAUGGAUGCAACGCGGAUGUGGACCCAAGCUCUAACCAAGCAGAGUGAGGGUAAACAUCAUAUCGGUGAUUUUCUGCCACCCGAAGAGCUACGUAAAUUCAUGGAGCAGUAUGAGGCAAAGAAGAGCAAUCGUCAACCGGAUCUGAGUGAUUACAAGGAAUACAAAUUGCGUGAAGAUAAUAUUGGUUUUCAAAUGUUGCAAAAACUCGGCUGGAAAGAGGGUCAGGGGUUGGGCCAGGAUGGUGCCGGUAUUGUGGAUCCUGUUAAUAAGGGACCUCAACGAGAGGGUAACCAAGGUUUGGGUGUCUCCAGCAGUGCCACACCGGAAGAAUGCGAUAAUGAAUAUGAUGCCUAUCGCAAGCGCAUGAUGUUGGCCUAUCGUUUUAGACCUAAUCCUUUGAACAAUCCCCGAAGAGCCUAUUAUUAAUCGGAUAUUAAU